CUCGUUUUGGUGAUCCCGUUAGCAAAUUCCUAAAAAUUACAUCUUCAACCCCUCGUGAAACCAAUCCAGUAUGGACCCGCUCCAGUACAAAACACUCCACGAAAGUGCCAUGCAGAACAACAACGGCACAUCGGCGUUGAAUGUGUUCCUGCAUAUCGUUCCGUCGUACUUCACCAUUUUCCACACGGUUCAGCUCCUGUCGGCUGCAUCGAUUUCGUACAUUCCCGGCCGGUUCAUGGUGGAGUUUUUCCUCGUUGUGCUUCCCUUCCUUCUGAUGGUCACCAUUCUGGAUCAUCUGGUGGCGAACAUUGCCGUGACGCUGGCUCUGGUCACCGUGGUGUCGGCGGUGCAUCAGCUGAAGAACAAGACGCACUUUACACCCUUUGUGCAGAUUCCCGGAAAGAGGCCGCAGUUUAUGAGCUCAACCCGGGCGCUGAUAAAUCUGAUGACUGCAGUUUGUAUACUGGCGGUGGAUUUUAGGAUCUAUCCGAGGGAGCUGGCCAAAACUGAAACGUUUGGGUUCGGACUGAUGGAUGUGGGCGUUGGGUUGUACGUUUUUAGCAAUGGAAUUGUGUAUAAGGUCGAUCAGGAGCGCAAGCUGGAUUUGCACAGGAUAAAGGACGUUGUGCUAGGGAGUUUUCCGUUGUGCAUUCUAGGGGCCGCACGGUUCUUCGUGACCCAAGAAAUCGACUAUCAGCAGCACGUUUCGGAGUACGGGGUGCAUUGGAACUUUUUCGUCACUUUGGCAAUCGUUAAGAUCUUCGGUACGUUGAUAAUGGAUUUGGUGAAGGAUCCGGAGAUUGCCAAGUUCAUUGCCAUAUCGGUGCUUUGCUGCCACGAGAUGAUGCUUCAUCUGGGGGUGUCUCGAUACGUUUUGAAUGAGGAAAUCGGACGAAGCAACUUUCUGGAUGCCAAUCGAGAGGGGGUGGCCUCCGUGCCUGGUUAUGUAGCUUUGUACUUGGCUUCGACGUACGUGGGAUCGGUUAUGCGGCCGUCGGUCGAGAUCCAACCGGUCAAGAAGUUUCUUCGGCAAACGAUCAAACUGUGCAUCACCGCCGGAGUGUGCUGGAAGAUGAUCUACGUUUGCGAAGACAUGUUUGGGGUCUCGCGGCGGCUGGCAAAUAUGGGAUACGUAUUCUGGAUUCUCUCGAUCGGUGCCACGAUGAGUGUUCUGUUUAUGUUGCUUGAGGUGUUCGUGUACUAUGUGAGAUUUGAGGAACCGAAGACGCCGGAUCAGAUAAUGAAGGGAGAUGAUUUCUGCAUCCCAUAUUCGCCGCUGAUACUGAAUGCAAUAAAUGAAAACGGGUUGGCUUUCUUUUUGGGAGCCAACCUGCUGACCGGACUGGUCAAUAUGCUAUUCCAGACGAUGCUGAUGGAGCCACCGGCAGCUCUGGUUAUCAACUGCUACUACAUCUUUAUGCUUUGCGUGGUGGUCGUUUUCAUGUACGUGAAUAAGAUCAAGUUGAAAAUAUGGUAAGGUUAGUGAUUAUACAAGUAUUUCCAUCUAGUCAUUAUCAAAUUGGACUCACUCUCUAUGUCUGUAUUGUAAAUUAAGCAACUGUGUCCUGUUUGUGUUGAAAAGUUCAAAAUUGAGUGUUAUAAUGCUUUAAAGACAGAUGUCCAACUACGCCUACGUAAAAAAGGGG